AUGAAAUGCCAAUACUGCGAAGCAACAGAAUUCUUAAUAGAGUGCAUAACAUGUGGAAAGUAUUUCUGCAAUUCACGUAGUGCUUCGUCCAUAUCGCAUAUAGUGUUUCAUCUUGUGAAGGCGAGGCACAAGUCAAUUCGGAUUGAGGGAGAUGUCAAGUGCAGGAAAUGCGGAGAGGACAACUUGUUCAAGCUUCUCGACAACAAUGGGAAAAUCUUCUGCAAUGGAUGUAGCACCGGCAGAACCCUGGUUGAGGAGAGAUGCCUCACCAUAAUCAAGAGUCCGGAGGUUCGAGGAAGAAGACUUACCAAGCAGCAGAUGGCCGAGAUGGAGGAGAAGGGUGUGUCGUCACUCCCCCAGGUCAAGCCAAGGUUUGAGGCCAAGGAAUAUGUCGAGGUGUUUUCUUCACUAAUUGAGGCCGAGUGCCGGAAGGAAAGAGAGAUAAAAGAGUCCAUGAGGCAGGAGAAUGUGUUUGUCCGAUGGGAAAGAAUGAGGUACUGCUACUUCUACUUCCAAAAUGGGGACAGUGAGCUGAAGAUCAAUGUUGGAGACGAGAUUAGGCUGACGCACAAGAGCGGGUUUGUCCUGCAUGGAUUUGUCAGUGGAGAGACAUUCAGCGAGGAGCUGAAGGUGGAGGUCGAGACGCCUGGAGACUAUCCAAGAAGUGGGUAUACUGUUGAAUAUCUUUGGAGAGGAGUAUGCUACGAAAGAAUGGAGUGGGCUCUGCGAAAACUAUACAGCACAUAUAGGAAAGAGAUUAGCAAGAGCAAGAGAAGCAGAUGCAGCAAUGACGAGGAAGCAGACGCUAGCAAAUGCUUGGGCAAAAGAAAUCCUAUGGGAUGCACUGAGGACAGGGGCGAGAUAGACGGGAAAAGAGCGGCAAAGAAAAGCGCAAAUGAAGGGCCAUCGAUAUUUGAAUACAUCCUCAAAGGACACAAGGAAAGCAUUGGUAAUGUCGAACACAUUUUUAUGUCUCCUAAUCUUCCAAGGCUCAAUGCCUCCCAGGAAACUGCAGUUAGGGCAGCCCUUGGGAGAAAAGUGACGCUGAUACAGGGGCCUCCUGGGACAGGAAAAACCUUGGUAUCGUCUGCUAUUGUUUACAAUUUCGUGAAGCACUAUGGAGGAAAGGUUUUGGUUGUUGCGCCAAGCAACACUGCAGUGGACCAGCUCACAUUGAAGAUCCAUAAGACAGGCCUGAAGGUUCUACGAGUGAUGAGCAGAAGAAGAGAGUGUGGGCAGUCUGACGUAAGCUUUCUGUCUCUUCACGAGAACUUGAAGGAGCUGCAGGAGGGAAGGAAGAAGAAGGAUGAAGCAUGCAGGGACAAUGGAAGAUACAGCAGCAUCUACAACGACGAGGCCAGUGAAUCGUUGAGGAAGCAGCUUCUAAACCAGGCAGAGGUUAUUACAUGCACAUGCGUAACAUCAGGGCAGAAGAUGUUUAACAAGUUCAGAUUCCACUAUGUAUUGAUUGACGAGGCCGUCCAGUCCACAGAGCCUUUGAGUCUCAUCCCCUUGGUGUACGGAUGCAAAAAGCUUGUUCUUGUUGGUGAUCACAAGCAGCUGGGCCCCACGAUUCUGUGCAAAAAGGUUGCGCAGGCUGGAUUCAAGCAAAGCCUGUUUGAAAGACUGAUUUCGAUCGGAGUGGUUCCAUAUGUGCUGUCAGUCCAAUACAGGAUGGACACAGAUCUCUGCGAAUGGCCUUCAGAGAUGUUCUACAAUGGAGAGCUUCUCACGGGAGGAAAAGGCUUCUGCAGAUUUGACCUCGGAAUACCGACGAAUUUUUUCUAUGUAUGCUAUGGAAGAGAGGAGGUGAGUGCAAGCGGAACCUCGUUCAUUAACCAGGCCGAAGCUCUGUAUUGUGAAAGCAUAAUAAGACACUUGUUCAAGUGUGGCGUCACAGAAAGCCAGAUAGGCGUGAUAACGCCCUACGAAGGACAAAGGUCUUACAUUCUAAAUAGAAUAUUUGGUGCCGAGCCUGGAAACCUCGAAAUAAGUAAUGUAGACGGAUUUCAGGGAAGAGAGAAAGACUUCAUAAUAGUCAGCCUCGUCCGAAGCAACCUGUACCAGGGGAUAGGGUUCGUUGGAGACAAAAGAAGAAUGAACGUUACAUUAACAAGGGCGAAGCACGGGCUAGUAAUAAUAGGAAACCCAACGACCCUAAUGAAGCACGACAUAUGGAGUAAUCUCCUGUCGUUCUAUGACAGAAAAGGCCUUGUAAUGGAAGGCCCCUUACAUAACCUGAGAAGGGUAAUCAUAAAGCCCCCUAAACUUUUCGACUUCAAAGAGAUGAGCAGAGCUCUUAUGAACCAAAUAUGA